AUCAUCAAAGGACGCGCAUGCUCAGUAGCGCCUUUGUGUGGCUCGACUGCAGCGUUAACUAGCCCGCUGGUGAACUAGCUAGCCUCGUUCGUUGAGACGACACAGGGGCAGCUAGCAGGUUAGCCGCGCUGCUAAUCAUGGUGAACGUGAAUAAGCGGAAAGGUCGGGUGAUCGACUCCGACUCCGAGGACAGCGCCAGCGACGAUAACCUAGACCAGGAGCUGUUGUCAUUAGCAAAGAGGAAGAGGGUGGAUUCAGGUGACCAAGAGGAGCCAGUCAGCAAACCUGCAGCGUCGACAGACUCUGAGACGUCCGACAGUGAUGAUGAGUGGACCGUGGGUGGAACCAAAGGUAAAAAGAAAGUUAAGCAAGGAAAAGGGUCUGAGAAGAAGAACACUACGAAGAAGAAAGUUGGUAAAGCAACAGCGUCCGGCAGCUCUGAUGGAGACAGCUCGGCUGAGAGCUCUGCACCUGAGGAGGGCGAGGUGUCUGAUUCAGAGAGCAACAGCUCGUCCUCCAGCUCAGACUCGGACUCCUCAGAGGACGAGGUGUUUAGGGACGGCUACGACGAUGACUUGAUGGGAGACGCGGAGGACAGAGCUCGUCUGGAGCAGAUGACGGAGAAGGAAAGAGAACAAGAGCUGUUCAACAGAAUUGAGAAACGAGAGGUGCUAAAGAGACGCUUUGAAAUUAAGAAAAAGCUGAAGACGGCAAAGAAGAAAGAGAAGGAGGAGAAGAAAAAGAAGCAAGAGGAAGAGCAAGAAAAGAGGAAGCUAUCUCAGGUUCAAGACACACAAGUGGUCAUGUCACACAACAAGGAGAGACGAUCCAAACGUGACGAAAAACUUGACAAAAAGUCCCAGGCAAUGGAAGAACUGAAGGCUGAGCGUGAGAAAAAGAAAAACAAAACAGCUGAACUUCUGGCCAAACGUAUGCCCCUGAAGACGAGUGAGGUUUACUCCGACGAUGAGGAGGAAGAAGAGGAAGAUGAUGACAAGUCCUCAGUGAAAAGUGAUCGCAGUUCGCGUUCAUCGUCUUAUGAUGAUGAUGAGAAAGAGGAGACUCCACCCAAGUCGCAGCCGGUUUCUCUACCAGAAGAGCUGAACAGGGUCCGUCUCUCCAGAAACAAGCUGGAACGCUGGUGCCACAUGCCGUUCUUUGCAAAGACCGUGACCGGCUGCUUUGUGAGGAUAGGGAUUGGGAACAGCAGCAGUAAACCAGUUUAUAGGGUUGCUGAAAUUAUGGAUGUAGUGGAGACAGCAAAGGUUUAUCAGCUCGGAACCACGCGAACGAACAAGGGAUUACAAUUAAGGCACGGCGGCGACACACGGGUUUUCAGGCUUGAGUUUGUAUCAAAUCAGGAAUUCACCGAAAGCGAGUUCAUGAAGUGGAAAGAAGCAAUGAUUGUUGCCUCGAUGCAAGUCCCAACUCUUGAUGAAAUCACCAAAAAAGAGCAGUCCAUCAAAGAAGCUAUGAACCACAAAUUCAACGACAAAGACAUAGAGGAUAUUGUGAAAGAGAAGGAUCGAUUCCGAAAAUGUCCUUCGAACUAUGCCAUGAAGAAAACGCAGUUAUUCAAAGAUAAGGCCAUGGCAGAAGAGAGCGGAGACGGAGACAAGGUGAAGGUGAUCCAGGACGAGCUGAACGUGCUGGAGGAGAGGGCAGAAGCACUCGACAGGCAGAGGACCAAGAACAUCUCUGCCAUCAGCUACAUUAACCAGAGGAACAGAAGCUGGAACAUCGUUGAGUCUGAGAAAGCUCUCGUGGCUGAAGGACAAAACGCCAAAAACCAGCAGAUGGACCCUUUCACCAGAAGACAGUGCAAACCCACCAUGGUGUCAAAUGCCAGAGACCCGUCAGUCCAUGCAGCUAUUCUCGCUCAUCUCAACCAGAAGUACGGCUCUGGGUCAGCAACAGAUCUUAACGGUGCAGAGAUGAACGCACUGGGACAAAUAAUCCCGAAAGAGAAAGACGGCCCCAAGCCAAACACUGACCUCUCAGAGGACUUGUUUAAAGUUCAUGACUUUGACGUUAAGAUCGACCUCCAGGUUCCCAAUGCAGAGGCAAAGUCCCUGUCUGUGAGCUCCAAUGCGCUGCCAGUGAAGGACGGCGCCCCCCGCAGGUCUCUUAACCUGGAGGACUACAAGAAGAGGAGGGGGCUGAUCUAAUGUGGCCAGUCCAUCAUUCAGAAACCACAUUGCAUGUGUAAUUGGCUGUGAGUGUGUGUGUGUGUGAGUGAGUGAAAGAGAGAGUGCGUGUGUGUGUCUGUCUGUGUGUCUGUGUGUUUGAAUGUUGAUGCAGCAGAGUGUCUAUCCAAACAGAGGAAAUACUGAUUAAGCGAAGACAACAUUUCUCUCAAAGGAUCUCUCAGAAGAAACCUGCCCAGAAAUUGUUGUUCUGUUAUUUUUCGCGUUAUCAAACAAAAACUCUUAUAUUGAGUUGUGUUUUUUUAUGUAUUUAACUCCUCUCCCCCUCUUUUGGAUCCUCUGGAGUCCACUCCAGUUUUUUUUUUUUUGUUCUCUCAUAAGGACUUGGCGAUUGUGGAUUAUUACCUUGAACAAGAAGGACACUAUUUUAGAAGACUUAGAUUGUGGAGGCUUUUUUGAAAUUACUGGACUGGUCAUUUAAUGGAGUUGACGAGCAAUGAACGAAUUACUGUUGUAAAUGUACCCCAACCCCCCAACUGUGUGAUCAUCUGCCGUUGCAGUCCAUCCUAAAUUUGAGUAGCCUCUUGUAUUUUUGCGGAGUGUAGAUGAUCACCAUCUCUGACUGGACAGUGACGCAGCCUCUACACGACCAAUAUGAAAAGUUCAGUACAUGUCUACUGGACAUUUGUCCAUUUUUAAGUCUUUGAACCAGCCCAUUUUGAGAGGAACCCUUUUCUAUGGCUGACCCGGUUAUAAAAGUGUUUCUUCAUUUCUGUCCACAACCUCAUGGUUGGUUGCUCAUUGGAUAAGUCCCUCGCCCGUAACCCCCUGAGAAGAUUCUACGUGUUAUCGAUUGUGUCCAUAGUCAGUUCCUGUAUUGAUGUGGCAUGCCUUGUAAAUAUGCAUUUUGGAGUGAGUGCGGAAAAAAUAAAGAGGCACUGUUUCAUAA